AUGGAAUUUGGCAGUGAAGAGGAUGCUUUCUUCGCCCGGCAUGAGCAGAUGCCGCCAGAAGAGAGGCGCCUACGUGCAGACAGAGUGCAGUUUUUUCGCAAAGCUGAGAAGAACCUGAAGAAGUUCAACCCAUUGAGCGCUGAUUUUGCCACGCAGACAUUGCAAUUUCUCAAGCAGCAAUUCGGCAACAUACGCUUCAUGCUGCGCGAGCUGACGAUUCCCCUGACCGAUGAUUUCAAUGAUGGCGUACUGCACGCCAAUGCGUCAGAAGGAGCAAUCAGAGCACUUCGGCUGGCCAACAUUUAUCUUUGGGCAGUGGUGCCAGUGAAGGCUGUGUGUGCAAGAUGA